AUGAAACAGGUUAUUGGCUCCAUAGUGUUCGCACUAUUCUGCAGUGUUGUUCACACCGUACAACCCAACGGCACCUCGAAUGUAGAAUCGCCUCGUAUCAUUGGGGGCCUGGAUCUUGACUUCUCGUAUGCUCCUUAUGUACUGUUCAUGACGCUGUACAACAAUCCACACUGUGGAGCAUCUGUGAUUUCUCAUUAUUUUGCCGUAACCGCCGCACAUUGUGUGCAUCAAAAGCCUGUCAAUGCAAUAGCCCUGCAUGGAGGAAGUAGCGUCAGAGGCUCUGGUGGACAUUGGUUUUACCUGGAGUACUACAAAAUGCAUGGCAGCUAUAACAAUUUUUCGUUAGCGAACGAUGCAGCUGUCUUGAAGGUCACUGAAUCAUUCUUGGCCUAUCCAGUCGGAUGGGGCCAAAUACAGCCUCCGCCAAGUAGAGCAAUACCGGUAAAUCUGCAAAUAGGGCACUAUAAACUAGUUUCGCAGGCGACCUGCGCCAGCCAAUGGGCUCCCUUGGGGGUGCGAAUUUACGACGUAAUGGUUUGUGGACAACCUACGUACGGCAGGACAUGCUUUGGCGACAGCGGAGGACCGUUCGUCUGUGAUGGGCACUUGUACGGCAUCGUUUCGUUUGUUGAUACGCCUUGCCGAUACAGUGUUCCCCAAGGAUUUGCCAAAGUCGAUCACAGUAAACGAUGA